CUUAUCUAUUCUUAUCAUUUCAAGUAUAUUCAUUUCCUGUGAUGGCAAAGUCAAAAAAACACAACAUUAAAACGCAUGAAGGUGAUAAGAAAUCCCUUCCAGAGGACACUCAAUGGUGUCUCUCUAACUUGCGCAAUUUGACAACAAGAAAGUCCUAUGAUGUAUUUGGCCAUGAGUACAAUUCAGUACAAAACAUUUCAAGGAGAUAUAAGAAUAUUAUGAACAAUGAACUGAAAGGCGCCAAAAACAUCGUGAACAUUAGAAACGAGCAUAACAUAUGGAUAAAGUCAAAGAAGAAUACUAACUAUUGGCUAGAGAAAAUAAGAGUAGAAACAGUCUCAAAUACACAUAUUGAAGGCGGCCAAUACGUUCAGGAGGAUGUCAGAGCCAUGGAUAAUAGUCAGAAUCAAGAAAAAGACGCCCAAACUGACAAAACUGAUGGAGAAGCUACUGAGUAUCAUGAAGAUGAGCAAAAUAAAAUUAAGGAAACUGAAGAAGAUGAAAGUGUCGAAGUAGAACCUUGGAUUAUGGAGAAUGGUAUCAAUGUUACAACCUUGUUCACUGAAUAUUAUAAACGUGUCGAACAGUUUUUUAAGACUGAAGGUUUAAUCCCAAUUGAAAUCCAUGUUCAAGAGUUAUCAGCCCUAAACCACAUACUAAUUUUAAAACCAUUGCAACAUAGCAAAAUGAUAAGAAAAUUUGAUGAAUUAACACAGUUAAACCUCAUAUUAAAACGUUUAAUAAAUCAAACCCAAAGUGUACAUAAUAUCGCUACUAAUCUUAGGGUAUUCUCCAAUUCCUUGGAUUACGAAAAACGCCGAGUCAUCAUAGGCAUUGCAAUUCUAGUCAUAAAACUCCCUAAAGAUCCAAUCGUAGAUAUCACUACUAUUUCUGAAUCAGAACUGUGGAGUAUUUAUUUUGACCCUUUUUUAUCUGCCAUUAUAUCCGAUAAUGAAAGAAACACACUUUUAAGAUGGUUAAACAAGCAAGCUGAGAACGAUCUUUUAAGACCAGACGCAUCCCUUACAACGAUCAACCAAUUACAGUUUGGUUUCAAUCUUGGAUUUGGUGAAGUGAAAAUUAGUCAGCCGACAUGCGAUAAAGCAGCACUUUGCAACGACGUUUUACGAUUAACCCAUCUAACCAAAGAAUACCUUGAUAAUCAUCGUUUAGACGCUUCACUUAGUUUCCAAAUUCAUGGCUUUUCUGUUUCAUUUUAUAUGACUCAAUUACCAUGUCAUAAACUAUACACGACGGCUGAACUCGGUAAAGUAUCGUUUUCGAAAUCGUUAAAAGACAUAUCGGCUUUCUGCUGUCCGCAAAAUUUGCAAUUUCUAAUUCAGGUUACAAAUGCUUUCUGGAGCCAUUGCAAACCUAGUCUAUCCCCUUCGGUCAUAAAAGAAAGUUCAUCAAGAUCCGUCAAUAUAAACCUUCUUUAUGAGUUUGUGGAUCCGCACAAAAGCCGUAAAAGAACUUGUCAUGAUUUCUUUGGAUAGUUGACAUUAGUUUUUUUGUUUUUUAAUUCCCUCUCAUAGUUACAGACACACACGUCCCGUACAUUUGCUUUUCGUGUUCUAUUUUCUUAAUAAAGAAAUGACUAUUUAUUAUAAGUAUAAUUCUAGGUAGACGAGAAGGUGUUUCAGCAAGAUUAAAGAGUUUUUUUUUACUUAGAUAUUGUAUGA